CAGUCCAACUGGUUUUCGCGCCAUCUUUGAUUCUGUUUUUUAUUUUAUUGUUAACAUUUCUUCAAUGUGGACCUUAAAUACUCGCUAAAUACUUGCUUUAUUUGACCCUUAUGCGCUCAAAUAGAAYUUAUCCUUCAUAUUGAGUAUAAACCAAGACUGGAAUGAUGUUGAAAUGUUGAAGACAAGAUGGAUGGUUCAGCUCGUAGGGGUUAUAACARGGCUACGGCAACUCCAAGACAACUAUCUCAGCUUUCUGAGAGCAGUUCAGACAUAGUGUCCAGUGCUGAGAGAAGGCAGUACAACAAGGCAUUGAAGGCUAUGUAUGAGAUAGUAMGGCUGGGAGCCAAGAGAUUGGAUGUGUCUAGUGCAUCAAAAAAGGACAAUGAUAUUGAAACUAUGGAAUCUUCUGAAGAUACAUUGAAUGGUGAUAUAUCAGAGUCUGAUGAUGGCCCAAGGAGAUCAUAUAGAAGGCCUAAGUCAAGGAAGARCUUAAGCUUYGAUGGACAAGAGUCAUCACAAACCCUGAAAGACAAUGAUGUACAGAAGGUGUAUGCAGAACUCAUGACUAUCAAUAAGAGAUUACAGAGAGAAAACCUAGUACUACAAGAGAAAGAGCAAAGGUUGAGAGAUCGGGAAAGAGCACUACGUGAGGCAGAACAGCUCAGUGAAACAACUGAUAUUGUGAUUGAUAAGAUAGUUGACAGAGAAGUACAAAAAAGAUGUGAAGAAGUAGCYCAGAGUUAYGAAGACCAGAUAUUGGUACUUGAAGAGGAAAUCCAGAAACAGAAGUCAGAAGUUAGAAGACUAAAAGAUUCCUUCAACACUAUCAAAACUGCUAAUGAUGCUCUCAAAAAACAGUUGUCAGAAGUUCAAGACCAGAAUAGAGUCCUUGAAGCACAGUCUAUAAGUGUACAGCACAGACUUGCAAAUCUCCAGAGAAAGCAAGAAUUCACAUCAAAACAAGCAAAUGAAAAAGCAGUGUUGCAACAAGAACGAUCUAAAAGUGUUGUUAAGUCAAGCCAAAAAACAGGUACUCUGGAUGUCCUAUCUGUCCUGUUAGAAUGGAUUGCAGAAUCACAUCUCAGAAAACCACCAACAUUUAAUGAAACUCUUGAUGGUGACCAUGAAGAACAGACAUUGGACUUCUGCUCUGCAUUGGUCCAUGAAAAAUGCCUCAAGAUACUCCCUCCAAUGGCAGACAUCCUUGCAUAUCUACCAUCAGUCAAUCCCAGRGUACAAGAGUGCUGUUUACAGUUUACUUACUGGUGCAUCAUGUACAUGGAGAAGUCUGUCUCUGGAUCACAGUCAACACUAGCUUCAACAUUCCGUCACAUUGGGGAAGAGCUCCAUAAACCACAGAUGAUCAGGAUUACAGAUGAGGGCCUUGUGACUGGUCCAAGCAAAGGAGACAAAGGGAAAGGCAGCAAUAUUUAUUUCAAUAGCUCUAAUGUUCACAUACGSAUGCUAUCUUCUCUCAUUAUAUUAAAGACACUUUCACAAGUCGAUCAUCUUGCUCAYGUGUUUGAUGUGCUGAAGAAUGACUUGCGAGACGACACGGGGAAGCAGUUGUUCCUGACAUAYGAGGGCACGUCUGUCAUACUACCAUUCAUGAAACCUUCACAAAAGGCAUUGCUGUCUAGUGCCGUGGACAUCAUGCUGUUAAUGUCAAUGGAUUCUCCAUUUUUACAAGCGUUCCUCGAUAGCUGCUGUAAUGAA